CCUGAAAUUAAACGUUGUUCUUUUCCCAUCGUGUGCAGACGCUCUUGCUCCCGUUAUUCGCCGUUCUGGGAUUCCCGCUGGCGGACUCUGGUGGCCAUCACCUUGAUUAUCCUUUUGUGGAAUAUGUGAAAUCCUCGGAACUACCAAAAGGGUAUCAGAAAAACAAUAACGGUUAACUUAACUAGUGCGCAAUAUUAGUGGCCUAAAAAUAGCUUAGGAAAAUUAUUUGUGAAAAUAGCAGACAUGCCGUGUUAUUGUGCCUCUGUGUGUGCGUAAAUGUCUGCGAGUGAAGUGGAAAUUUAAAAAUAAAACAACGCUGGGACUAAGUGAAAUCCGUUAGUACCGUAUUGGCCAACAGCCCAGAAAAACUCCAGGAACAGCGCCAAAGGAUAAACUGUAAAGGAUAAGCAAGGACAGUGACUCGUCGACGGUUGUGUGACAUGCUAGCAGCAGUUAUGGCAUCGGACAUCAACUGGGAUCCAGCUCUUUCCAAACUGAUCAGCACGCUCAAGGAGUCAGAGAAUCUGUCCAAUGACCAGGAAAUUGACUUCCUAAAGGCUCUGCUGGAAUCCAAGGAGCUAAAUGCCCUUGUCAAUGUCCACACCAAGGUGGCCAAGGUGGGUCGAGAUGAUCGACUGGCCCCUGUGCUUUCUACCUCCGCCCAGGUGUUGUAUGAGGUCCUAGAGCAACUCUCCCAGCAGUGCCACCUGAAUGAUGAUUGCAAAGAGGCCUUUCACCUACUCCAGGACUCUCAUCUUCAGCACCUUCUAUUCGCCCACGAUGCCAUUGCCCAGAAGGAUUUCUAUCCGCACCUGCCGGAGGCGCCUGUCGAAAUGGAUGAGGACGAGGAGACCAUCAAGAUUGUGCAGCUCGUUAAGAGCAACGAGCCUCUGACAGGAGCACAGAGUGCGGAGCCAAUUGUUGGUGCCACCAUAAAAACAGACGAGGAGACGGGCAAGAUAAUCAUUGCCAGAAUUAUGCACGGAGGAGCUGCAGAUCGCUCUGGAUUGAUACACGUCGGUGACGAGGUUAUCGAGGUCAACAACAUCAACGUGGAGGGCAAGACUCCAGGCGAUGUGCUCACUAUACUGCAAAACUCUGAGGGUACUAUUACCUUCAAGCUGGUUCCCGCGGACAACAAGGGCGCCCAGCGCGAGUCCAAAGUGCGGGUACGGGCCCAUUUCGACUACAAUCCCGAUGUAGAUCCUUAUAUACCGUGCAAAGAGGCUGGCUUGGCCUUCCAGCGCGGAGAUGUUCUGCAUAUUGUGGCCCAGGACGAUGCCUACUGGUGGCAAGCACGCAAGGAGCAUGAACGCUCGGCGAGAGCUGGUUUGAUUCCCAGUCGGGCGCUACAGGAACGCAGAAUCCUUCACGACCGAUCGCAGAAGGAUGGCAUUGAUCUAGACUCAAAGCCCGGAUCAUGCGCCUCACUCUGCACCACCCCACCUGGCUCCCCGCGUCUGCCGGCCAGCAGCAGCAGUUCCUCUUGCCGCCAGCCAAAGACUAAAAAGAUCAUGUAUGAUUUGACAGAGAAUGAUGACUUUGAUCGCGAGCAGAUCGCUACGUAUGAGGAGGUGGCCAAGUUGUAUCCCAGACCAGGAGUUUUUAGGCCCAUAGUGCUCAUCGGAGCUCCCGGAGUGGGUCGCAAUGAACUGCGCCGGCGGCUGAUAGCCAGGGAUCCUGAGAAGUUCCGUAGCCCAGUUCCUUACACCACCCGACCAAUGCGAACUGGAGAAGUGGCUGGGCGAGAGUACAUCUUCGUGCCACGCGAGAAAAUGGACGCGGACAUCGAGGCGGGCAAGUUCGUAGAGCAUGGCGAGUACAAGGGCCAUUUGUACGGAACCUCGUCGGAGAGUGUCAAGUCAAUCGUGAAUGCCGGAUGCGUUUGUGUGCUGAGUCCGCAUUACCAGGCGAUCAAGACUCUGCGCACAGCCCAACUGAAACCGUUCCUCAUCCAUGUGAAACCACCAGAGUUGGAUAUCCUCAAGGCUACGCGAACGGAGGCCGGGGCAAAGUCCACCUUUGAUGAGGCGAAUGCCAGGAGUUUUACGGAUGAAGAAUUCGAGGAUAUGAUUAAGUCAGCGGAACGAAUUGAUUUCCUGUACGGACAUUUCUUCGACGUGGAACUGGUCAAUGGCGAACUGGUCAAUGCCUUUGAGCAGCUUGUGCAGAAUGUGCAGCGUCUGGAGAACGAGCCAAUAUGGGCACCAUCCAUGUGGGUGCAGUAGAUCGGAUGCCAAAUGUGGAGGAGCAUUUCAUGCAAUUUGUUGAACAACACCAAAGUAUUUUUGCCAUACGAAUUUAGCAAUCUGCUAGAGAGAGAAAGAAAGAGAGAAACGGAGGAGAAGAGACACUAUUAACCCGUAGGCGGUCCUGCUGGCCACUCCCGUCCGGCCUUAGUCCUUUUCACGACAUGUACCUUUUUGCGUAACAGUGAAAACAAAGAAAUGAAUACAAUAAUAGUAAAAGAAAAAGAAAAUAAAUUAUGGAGAAAGAAAUUUAAACUCAAAAAAAAAAAAAACAUCAGCUAUCUUAAAAUUACGAUAAAAAUUAAAUUAUAAAACUUGUUGUACAAAAAUUUAUUUGUGUUCAAAAAUGGAGUAAAUUAUAAAUGUAUUUAUUACACGUUGUUGAAAUCAAAGUACAGAGUUAAUACCCUUAACCCAUGUAACCCAAAACGCUAACCGAAUUGUAUCUCAAUUGUAUAUACACACACACACACACACUCACUCACUAACUAGAGCAUAUUGGAUACAAUGUGAAAAUCUGUGUAAGAUGUCUCUCAUUUGGAAAACUGAUUUCAUCAAGAAUGUAGUGACAAAUUGUUGAAAACAAGUGAGAAAUUAAUAAAAACCUAUUUUAAAUGCGA